UAUUUAUUCCAGAAAAAAAAUAUAAUUUUCUCAAUGUUUGCAACGGGUUUAUUGUAUACAGUGAUAUGCUGUCUUGUGAAAGAAUCCUUUAGCCGUUCUUUAUCGGUUUCAUUCAAUUUAUCACUGGCCCUUACUGAUCCUCCAAAGCCUAGCCUCUCCACUGAUAUGUUACGAACUUGUAUAAAAGAAACUGAAAUUUCUAUGGCUGAGUUAGAACGUUUUCGCAUUAGCUUAUUAACAAACGAUCCAGAAGUGGUUACCAGCAUAGAAGGAGAUGAUCAAAAUAUCGACGAUAAUCAAUUUAAUAUCGAAGACUAUGAUGCCAAUUCUCCUUUAACGUUUAGUGAACGAAACGAGGAAUCCUUGCAAUGUUUUACACAUUGUUUAUAUGAGCAAAUGGGUCUAGUGAAGAAUGGAAUGUUUGUGGAACGUGAAUUUUUCAGUAAACUUUAUUCUGUGAUGGAGCGACAGAAGACAAAAAUUUCUGAAUGUAUGAACAUGGACAGCGAUAAUAAGUGUGAAGUUUCUUAUAAAAUGCAUAUGUGCUUGAGUAGAUUGAAGACAUUGGAAGCAGAACGAAGAAUACGUAAAAUAUUGGAGUAUGGAAAUCGUUCAGAUAUGGAUGAUGCUGAAAUAACCGAUACUACUACUGAUGGUACCGGUGCAGAUAUGGAUAAGCAAAACGAAAUUGAUGCAAAUUAAUUAUUACUACUGGUCAAGU